AUGGGCAUCGGGGUGUUCCAAAGUUACUACGAAAGCCAUCAGCUUCAGCAAUACUCGGCCAGUGACAUUUCGUGGAUUGCAUCGCUGGAACUCUUCAUCAUGUUCUCCGGAGGACCGAUCAUUGGCCGCAUCUACGACCGGCAAGGGCCCCGCUACCUGCUCCUUUUCGGCUCCUUCAUGCACGUCUUGGGCUUGAUGAUGGCCUCGCUGGGCACCGAAUAUUACCAGAUCCUGCUGGCCCAGGGCAUCUGCAGUCCCAUCGGCAUCAGCUGUCUCUUCACCCCGGCCACCUACUGCACCCUUACCUGGUUCCAUCGCCGACGAGGCCUCGCCAUGGGCAUCAUCUCCGCCGGAUCCAGCCUGGGCGGGGUCGUCUUCCCUAUUAUGAUCGACCACCUCAUCACCGACUUGGGAUUUGCCUGGGCCAUCCGCAUUGCCGCCUUUCUAAUCUUGGCGAUGCUUAUCUUCAGCAACCUGACCGUCCGCUCGCGAAUCCAACCGGAUCCCAAGAAUCUGCGGCUGGUCGACUACGUGAAACCCCUGCAGGAGCGCGUCUACCUGUUGACUUCGAUCGGCUCGUUCCUCUUCUAUCUGGGCAUGUUCCUUCCGAUCGACUACAUCCAGCUACAGGCGACCGCAUACGGAAUGGGGCUGGAUCUUGGCAAUUAUCUGAUCCCCGUUCUAAAUGCCGCGAGUCUUUUCGGCCGGAUCGUCCCUGGAUGGCUGGGCGACCGGAUGGGCACUUACAACGUGCAGAUUCUGAUGAGUAUCUUCUCGGGCACGUUGGCUUUGGCCCUGUGGAUUCCGGCCAAGGGCAACGCCGCAAUGAUCGUUUUUGCAGCCCUGUACGGCUUUGUAUCCGGAGCGUUUGUCUCGUUGCUGCCCGCCAUGAUUGCGCAGAUUUCCGACAUGAAGGAGAUCGGGACGCGCACUGGGGUCGAGUUUGCCAUCAUGUCUGUUGCAGCACUAGUCAGCAACCCAAUCGGCGGGAAGCUCAUCAGGUAUGAUCCUAUGGACUUUACCCACCUGCAGAUCUUCUGCGGGGUGGUGCUGCUUGGGGGGGCUUGCUUCUUCGCCCUGGCUCGCAUCGCUUUGGCGGGACCUGGGCUUAUCCAUAAAGUCUAG